AUGAACCACGACGCGGAGAACCCGACCGAAGCGAGACGUCGGCGAUGGGGCAGGCUCUACAUACCGAAAUAUCGGCCACGAGUGCACAGAGUUGGACUCUGCGUAGCUGUUGGAGUGACGUCGGUUGUGCUGCUUUUUUGGCCCUCGUGGAACUAUACGAUGCGCCAUAGAGCUCUUACGAGACCGACGUUUCCGUACUACACUGGGGCUCAUCUCACAACCGGAACACACAUUCAAGGCGGCCAAUGCCCUAGCAAUUCCACGAACAUCGCAGGAGAGAUCUUUGGUGCGAAUGUUACUGCGGAGAGCCUUUGGCCGUUUGCGAGCUCAGCCUCUGCCACGCGGUUCGCAUAUGUCUUCUACGCCACAGAGAAAGAGUAUCUGUGCAGCGCACUGGUCAACUUCCGACAACUACGUCGCGUCAAUGUUGCUGGAGAAAUAGCACUGAUAUAUCCCGCUACAUGGGACCAAAAAUACCCAGUGGGAUCGAUAAGCACUACUAGAAGACUGUUGCACAGAGCACAACACGAAUACCGAGUAAACCUGCAUCCCGUAAAACUCUGGCGAACUGAAGAGGGAGAAAAGACUUGGAGCAAUUCGCUAACGAAACUCCAUAUCUUUGGUUUGACCGACUACACAAGACUCAUCUACUUGGAUUCUGAUGCACUUGUCCUCCGAAAUCUCGAUCAUCUAUUCCUUGCACCCCAGGCCCGAAUUGCGUUGCCCCGAGCGUAUUGGUUGGACGAGAAGGACGAGAAAAAGCUUACGAGUCAUAUCAUGGUCAUUGCACCGAGUGACUCUUUGAUGUCGAGGGUCCAAGAAUACGUCAAGAAUGUCUCAUCUCCUCCGUUUGACAUGGAGGCGAGAAAUCUGUGUCCUAUUUAUUUCUUCCUGCUAACAUUCUAA